AUGGUUGCAGACAAUGAAAUGGCAGGCCAAAUAGAGCAGCAACAACAGCAGGAGCAUCCCAGUCCUGCUUCCAGUCAGGACCGAUCCAAAACUGGGAGCUAUAAUCGAUCGCAAUCACUAUCAGGCCAGUCCGGAGUGCCCAAUGCAGGCAUUGCAAGUUUUAGAAGACAACGCGCGUCCCGCGCAUGCGAGACUUGUCAUGCUCGAAAGGUCCGCUGUGACGCUGCCAGUCUAGGUGUACCUUGCACUAAUUGUGUGGCUUUUGCUAUCGAAUGUCGUAUCCCAACCCCGAAAAGGAAGAAAAAUCAACAGCCGAGAAACAAGGAUAACAACGGUGACACUAAAAAUGACCAGAACAGAGAUGACGAUGACGACGAAGAAUCAAACACACCGCGAACGCAAGAGAACUCAGUUUUCCCUGCAAACCCUCCCAUAUCCAUCAAUGGAAUGCCGGCGACUACAUUGGCGGCAGCUGUCAGGUCGAAUCCAGAGACGAAUAAUCCGGGACCAUAUAAUGCUCAAAUCAUGAAGCCAAAGUUUACAAGAGCGCCGAUCAAGGAACCAGGACGGGUUGCCUAUCUAGGCGAAUCAUCGAAUCUGUCUCUUCUUGUCCAUGAUCGGGGCUUGACAGAUGUUGUUCAUUAUCCACUUCCGGAGACUAUCCGAGGGCGUCGGGGGCAGUUGACCGAACUAGACAGCUUGGAGAUUGAGAUUCUUCAUCGGCGAGGGGCAUUCUUACUUCCUCCGCGAGAUCUCUGUGACGAGCUUGUCGAAACUUAUUUCAAGUGGGUGGCGCCAGUUGUACCCAUCGUCAACCGCAACCGCUUCAUGCGCCGAUACCGAGACCCUCAGAAUCCACCCUCGCUCCUCCUACUACAGGCUAUUCUGCUAGCUGGCUCUCGAGUCUGUAACAACCCAAAACUGAUGGACCAGAAUGGUUCUACGAUCCCUGCGUCUACUACAUUCUACAAACGUGCCAAGGCACUCUACGACGCCAACUACGAGGACGAUCGUGUUACUUUAGUUCAGGCCUUGGUGUUGAUGGGAUGGUAUUGGGAGGGUCCUGAAGAUGUCACGAAGAACGUCUUUUACUGGAGUCGAGUCGCAAUUCUCGUGGCUCAGGGUUCUGGAAUGCACCGAAGCGUCGAAAACUCCCAGCUUAGCAGAUCCGACAAGCGACUAUGGAAACGAAUAUGGUGGACUCUUUUCACCAGGGAUCGCUCUGUUGCUGUCGCCCUUGGAAGACCAAUCAAUAUUAACAUUGACGAUUCCGAUGUCGAAAUGCUUACAGAAGACGACUUUAUCGAGGAUGAGGGUGAUGUACCAGCCGAAUAUCCCCCGGAUCCCGUUCACGUGCAAUUCUUCCUUCAAUAUGUCAAGUUGUGUGAGAUCAUGGGACUUGUGUUAGCCCAGCAGUAUUCGGUGGCUUCGAAAUCCCGACGUACAAAUGCCAUUGAUUUAACACACUCCGACAUGGCGCUUGCUGAUUGGCUUCAGAAUUGUCCGAGGGCAGUCUACUGGGAGAGGAAGAAUCAUCACUUCUGGUCUGCGCUGCUCCAUUCAAACUACUAUACAACGCUUUGUCUCCUGCAUAGAGCGCACAUGCCACCAGCUACAGCAAGCGCGAAUAGUUAUCGCACAGAAGAAAUAGCGUACCCGUCACGUACCAUUGCUUUCCAGGCUGCUGGGAUGAUCACGUCUAUAGUGGAAAAACUACAAUCGCAUAACGAACUUCGCUACACACCCGCAUUCAUUGUCUACAGUCUAUUCUCCGCGUUGAUCAUGCAUGUCUACCAGAUGCGAUCGUCUGUUCCGUCUGUUGUGGCUGCUUGUCAAGAACGGACGACCAUCUGCAUGCAGGCAUUGAAAGACGUGUCAAAGGUCUGGUUGGUCGCAAGGAUGGUACACGCAUUGUUUGAAUCCAUUCUGGGUAACAAGGUGUUGGAGGAGCGUCUGCAAAAAGCACCAGGCAAACGACACCAAAAGAAUCGUCCGUCGGAACAAGAUCCGAACAUGAGCUCCAAUCCUAGAAGGACAGAACCACCAAAGCGAAAAUUCGAUGACAUGGACAUCGGACUACCUAACGGUAACCCAACACCUCCCGUAUCGUAUGAGCGAUCGCGCCCGCAGACCCCUGCCGCCACGCCGUCCCGUGAAGUGAAUCCAAUGCCUGGACAACCAGGCAGUAUGGGCACUCUCCCUCAUAUGUCACCCAACCUUCUCAAAGGUCAAGACGGCACACAGCAUACGGGAACUUCUCGAGCAAACACUCCAUUAAACCCUUCUUUCUCGCUUCCUGCUACGCCUCCAGACCUUUUUCUCGUCACCCGUACUUCACCCAACCUUUCACCUACGUUGUGGGAGAAUUUCCAGCCUGACCAAUUAUUCCCUGACGGCUCGAACUUCUUUCCUUCCCAGACGAACAUGAUAGACCCUCAAAUUCAAACAACCAACACCAUGGCAGGCCAAGGUAAUAUCAUGAUGAACCAGCAACAACAGCAACAAAUGCCUCCUCGGACAUUACCAGGCGCUCAGGGUAGCCCACCUCUUGUCUCUGCUGGUAUUCAUCCCGGCAUAGGCAAUCUACCGAACGCACCUCCUCGGCCGCCACAGGCGAUGUUUGGCAUGGAAGGAAUGCAGAAUUGGGCAGGGCAUGAUGCGCCAUUAGCUGGAAAUAUGGAUUCUACCAGUCAGGAUGACAACUGGAGUAAUAGUUCUCGAGGAAACCCUACAGCCCCGACAACCUUGAAUGUUGAAGACUGGUUCCAAUUCUUUGGUAUUAAUGGUAGCUUUGGAGAUUUGAUAACCGACCCCAUGGCUGGCUAA